GACGGUUAUCCGCUGGUUCUUUGCCCUUCCUGGCCUUAACUAUUAUCCCCUGAGCGUUCUCGCUGGUCGAGGAAAGGGCACUAAUUACUAUGAACACUCUUUCAGCUUUUAUGGGGCUACUGCACGUAGCCGAAGUUUUAGAAAAACACGGAGAUAACUUUUUUCAAAUGGUCAAAACUCUCUGCUAUCCAGACUACGGAACUUUGCAGUUCGACCAUUUUUAUAAAAGUUUGUACUGCGAGGAGAGAAAAUUGGCAGGUUUAGAUCUCAGUCGGAAAUACAGCGAACAAUCACAACACAGUUACUAUGAGGAAAGCAAGCUCGUCGACUACUCCAAAAUUGCCUAUCAGAUGAAUUCAAAGGAGCCCGCUGGUUCCCCACGCCACCUUAGUGACGAUCCUUAUUUCUCCCCCGACCAAUACACUUGCCCAGCUUUUGAUAAAACCGCCAAUCAGGAAGAAAAGCAACAAUGCCAAGCAGAUAGCAACUGUUGUUGUUAUGCCACACACGACAGUCCGUUAUUUAUACCAGAAGAGAAGAGUUCCAGCUCAGGAAAGUACAGCGGCUUCGAUAGUAGCGAAGGGAACGAUUUUGAGGACAUUGACGAGGUGAAUAGUUUCUGCGGGGAGGCCGCGUACGACGCUUUAGUCGCGCAGCCAAGUGUCUACAAAGGGAGCAGAGUGCGUCCAACGGGGCAGGAUGCAAAGACGCAUCGUAGGAGAGGAAGGCAGGAGGACAGGUGGGUGGGCGGCCCUCCCACUUAUACGAAUUGCCAGUGCCCAUACGAGGCGGGAGAAAGUUUUCUUGAGUCGCCUACGGAGAAUUGCGGAUGCGAUACGAGCGGUGAAUGCCACUUGGAAACUUCAGGGCGAAGGAAGAGGAUGCACAAAAGCAAAGCUUCACAUAACAUUGUAGAGAAGAACAGACGAGCCCAUUUGAAGUCAUGCUUUGAAGUUCUCAAGCACAAUAUUCCCAGCUUGAAUGGUCAUAAAGCAUCGACCGUCAACAUCCUGCAGGAAGCGUACACAUAUAUCAAGCAGUUGGAGGAAACCACAGAAAAUAGAAACGGCCGGAUAAUGGCCUUAAAAGAGCAACAAACAACCCUCAUGGCUCGACUGAAGUCCCAUUAUGAAGCUGGCGGAAAAGAAUUGGAGAUUGUCACUAAAAAAGAUAUAUUCUUUUCCAGAAGAAGCGAAGCAGAAAAGGACCAGCCCAAACAUACAGAUUAUAAGCAACAAUUACGGGCUGAACACAGCUUUAAAGCUGAAAAAGGACCAAUCAACGAGACUAGACAAACACCCGAAAGGGCCGCCCACGCAGAAAAACCGAUCCACGAGUCGGAAAAUCUUUUAGGAAGUGCUAAACGGCUAAAGAAUACUCCGAAGAGAAGUAACUUAAAGAUAAAUGAGAAAUGCAUGAAGACUGAAGGCAGUAAUGACGUGUUAAGCGUACUUGAAAGCUCUAAAGGUGUUGACGAAGUGCAGAGCAUUCUUAACGGCAUCAGGAAAAACCCACCGAAAAUAAUAUUUCCCAAACUACAACCUCGGAAAAUGAAUGACUUUUUCGAAAAACUGAAAGGCAGCGGGCCGGGCGUGCGGAGAAGGCCACGUCCACCAUUCUUUUAA